AGUCAUCCGUGGACAUAGUGCUGUGACGAAGCUCUGUGUCCCAAGGCAUCAUGGCGCAGCCUACAGACCAGCAAAUGGACGCGAGGUCCUUCCUCAGCGAAGAAAUGAUCGCUGAGUUCAAGGCUGCCUUUGACAUGUUUGACACUGAUGGUGGUGGUGACAUCAGCACCAAGGAGUUGGGUACUGUCAUGAGGAUGCUUGGGCAGACCCCAACCAAAGAAGAGUUGGAUGAAAUCAUUCUGGAGGUAGAUGAAGAUGGCAGCGGUACCAUCGACUUUGAAGAGUUCUUGGUCAUGAUGGUGCGCCAGAUGAAAGAGGAUGCGCAAGGAAAAAGUGAAGAGGAAUUGGCUGAAUGCUUCCGCAUCUUUGACAAGAAUGCUGAUGGAUUCAUUGAUAGUGAAGAGUUGGGAGAGAUCUUGCGCUCUUCAGGGGAAAGCAUUACAGAUGAAGAGAUUGAGGAGCUCUUGAAGGAUGGAGACAAAAACAAUGAUGGAAAGAUUGACUUUGAUGAGUUCCUCAAGAUGAUGGAAGGUGUACAAUAAGCUGUAGGACAUUCCUCCGGAGCGUUGUAACGCCAGCCUGUACAUUACAUUGCGUCUUACACUUUCUGCUGGAUGGAGUAAUCCCCCCUGCUCUGUCUUGCGCCUCCCAGAAUCCUCUCUGCCUCUUCUCCACUCUACAAGCACUACCUACACCUUCCUGCCUGCGGAGAUUUCUUCUUUCCAUGUUCACACUCAGAUGCUCUGCUCUCUAUUCUUUAUUUCUUCAACUUUAAGAUGUUAUUUAUAAAACUGAAAAGAUCAUUAAAAGUCAUAGUGAACCUUU